CUUAUGUUAGCCACUGACCUAGACAUCCACCAAAGACAAACAUUUCCCUGUUUUUUUAAUUCUUUCCACCUUGCAUUACGUUUAUAUAUAUUACCUCUUCUUGAAUCUCUGAUGUUAUUAUCGCCAUUCACGAAAAAUACUUUCUUGAUACAUAUAUUUUCUUGCAUUUUCAUUUCUUUCUUUGUUUUCUUCUUCCAAUAGAUCAUUUUGAAUCAACCAUGUCGAAGAUUUAUCCAGGUGAAGAUCAUCAUGUGGUGGUGAAAGAGUUUAAAGAAGAUAACAAACAAAAACGAUACCGAAGUACUGAUAGUCCAUGUACUCUUACAGUAUGGAAGAGAUCUAGCAUGAGUUUUCAAGGAACUGAUGGAUUUACUGUUUUUGAUACAAAUGGAAAAUUGGCUUUUAGGGUUGAUAAUUAUUCAAGGAAGAAUCGUUGUGUAGGAGGUGGUCUUGUUCUUAUGGAUGGAGUUGGCAAUGCUUUGCUUACUUUGAAACCUCAGAUUCUGAGUAUGCAAUAUCAGUGGAAUGCGUACAGAGGAGAAGAUGGGUACAGAAACAAUCCAAAGACGAAACUAUUCUCAAUGAGAAGCACAUCGCUGCUUUUUCAAACUGGGAAAGAUGUAGCAGAGAUCUUCAUGGGAGGGAUUACAAGACAAGGUCAGAUUCCAGAUUUUAGAAUCGAGGGAUCAUUUAGAGCUCGAGAUUGCAAAAUCAAGAAUACAGAAGGAGAGGUUGUAGCAAAAAUGGCUAGAAAAAGAGUUCAUACUACAAUUUUGCUCAGUGAUGAUGUUUUUAGCCUCGUCGUACAACCUGAUUUUGAUACUCAGCUUGUUAUGGCUUUUGUAAUUAUAUUAGAUCGUAUUAGCAAUAAGCCUUUUACACCUAUUUUCUGUUCUUAUUGAUCAUUGUACAAAUAUUACCCAGAGGUACAUAGACAAAAACAAAUUUCUCAUUUUUGUCGUUAACUUGCAAUUUGUUUUUGUAUUCAUGUUUAGUUGUUUACAGUUGCAUCACAUGGCCAAUACAAUAUACAUCGAGAAAAACAGCGUUUUAUUUUGAAA